GCCGUCCGCUCACACACACUCAGCAUCAUCAUCAUCAUCACCAGCAGCAGCAGCAGCAGCAGCAGCAGCAGCAGCCAGAGUGUGUGUGCUGAGCACUGAUUGAGAGCUCCAGUGGUUAGAGUGGGAUGAUAGCCUGAUCAAUCACAGGAGUGUCACACUAAUUUCCAAGCAGCUCGUACCAGCUCUGCUCAUCCACACAGCUCUGAUCUUGACCAUCGCAGCCACGGCCAUGAAUGUCAUCUCCUCCCUCACCUCCCCCUCCUCCUGCCCCCACCUGUACCACUCCCCCAGUUACCCCACCAACACCACCAACAUUUUGGAUGGCAGCGCUACAGCCAGCGGGAUCAGCCGUGUAAUUUUGCAGCAUUAUAACCACACAGGCCGUCUGCAGAACAGGACCAUCUCAAACAGCCCAAACCACAUCAGCGUCUCCGUUGCUGUCUUCUUCUUCCUCAGCAUUUUCAUCAUCCUGGAGAAUUUACUGGUUCUGGUAGCCGUCAUCUCCCGCAUCCGCCACAGCCGACGCUGGGUUUAUGUCUGCAUUGCCAACAUCACACUCAGUGAUCUCCUUACAGGUGCUGCCUACCUAGUCAACAUCUGCAUGUCUGGCAGCCAGACGUUCCGCCUCACGCCUGCUCUGUGGCUCUUCAGGGAGGGGAUGCUGUUUGUGGCCCUGGCUGCAUCCAUAUUUAGUUUGCUCCUGAUUGCUGUGGAGCGUUACACCACCAUGAUGAAGCCACUGCCCCAGAAAUCAGGUAGAAAGACCUACUACAGGAUCUACGGCUUGGUGGCCCUCUGCUGGAUUUUUGCACUCAUGAUUGGCUUCCUCCCCUUGCUUGGUUGGAACUGUGUGUGCAGCCUGGAAGCAUGCUCCACCCUCCUGCCUCUCUACUCAAAGACUUACAUCUUUUUCUCCCUCUUCGUCUUCUUCAUUAUCCUCCUGGCUAUUGGUGUGCUGUAUAGUGCCAUCUAUUGCCACGUACACAAGAGUGCACAGGUGGGCCCCCAUCGCAGUCGAAAGCGCUCUUUAGCUCUGCUUAAAACAGUGAUUUCCAUCGUUGGGGUGUUCAUGCUCUGCUGGGGGCCUCUGUUCCUCCUGUUACUGGUGGAUUUCUUCUGUGUCUCUCGCAAAUGUGGACUGCUGUUAAGUGCCGACUAUUUCAUCUCCCUGGCUGUCCUGAACUCUGGCCUUAACCCCAUCAUAUAUGCCUUGGGCAGCAGUGAGAUGAGGAAGGCUAUCGCUGAGCUGCUGUGUUGUUGCUGCCUGAAGGCUGGCCUUUGCCACCCAGACACUUUCACAUCCAAGGAGACAAGCAGCACCUCAGAGAGCAGGAGGGACAGUCUGAGGAACAGUUUUAACAAGGUCAGAAAUCUGAGUGUGGCCUCUCCACCAUCAACCCCAAGCAAGACGCGCAAAGCACCUAAAAAAUACAGGUUGAGCUCCACCACCAGCUGCCUGUCAGUUUCAAGUGGUUAAACCACAAAGUGCUCCCCUCCCAAGCGAACGAGACCUGUGUUUACUGAUACUGAUCUAACCGUUUCCUGAGUUUUGGUUUUAAUGUUCACUACUUGUCCAACAGGUAUUUGCAGUGACGCACUGUUAGAAAAACCUUAAAACACAUUGGAAUUCAUCUGUAGGUUUGCAAUAUUAUCACAAGUAGCAGGAUUUGUGUUGCCUCAGCACACAUUACAUGACAUUUCUUAAUGCAUUUUUACACAUUGACUGUAUAGAUCUGAUGUUGCACUGUGCUUAUUUAGUUUUCUACCUUCCAUAUAUAUGUGUAUUUUGAUGUAUUGUUAGAUAUACGUAUAUUAUUUUGUAGCGGUUCACAUGAAAAUCUAAAUUGUGGUAAAAUAUGUAUAUACAUGCACCAGAGUGUAUUUUAAUAGUUUGUACUGGAGCCUAAU